AGUUCUUUUUCGUAAGGGUGCCGGUAAAACUAAAAGUCUACUUCGCAUCACAUGUGCUGCUAGAUUUCCUACUAAUACUAGUUGAUACAGAUGUGGCUCCGUGUGUUAGUCACUAGCAGUGUAAGAACAGAUGAUUCGUUAUUGAAGAGUGGUGUGGCGAGAAUGGAACUUACUCGCGGUUUUCAACGUCAGUUCGUAGUAUCGACCGCGCUGGUAGUAAGCUACUAACGCCCCAGAGUGCGUGCGACUCACUCUUAAGCUUGCUCGUAUAGCUCGCGUAUAUUCACAAUUUACUUGUGAACACGUAACGACGAGGUUUACGUUUGUGUCCGGUAAAAUUUGGCAGUCUUGUUGUAUUAUUAAUCUAAUUGCUCGUGAUAUUUGCAAGAAAAUCGGUACCGACUCGUCGCGCGUUUUUUUCCGGAAUUUUCGUUUGACACAACAAUUCCAACACGUCGCAAGUUAAUAACAUCGGUACGUCAGUACCGAUUGUUCCGUGAGACAGAAGUGAAAGGGAGAUAUACACAAAAGAACAAUCGAUCCGAGAAGAGACAAAGCUGUUUAGCAGUUUGCAGCUGUUCAGCGGCGUCGACUUGGAUUAAGGAAAUAUUCACGAAAGUAAAAGAAAACAUUUUGCAAUCUGCCACAAAAAUGACUACUAUUCAACGGUUUAUCGUUUCUCCGAAUAAUUUUUUAAAAAAAUCGCAGUCGCUAAUAACAUCGUUAUUCGGACAAGAAAGAGACGAACCUGACAACAAUGACUUCAGAUUCGAAUCUGCUCGAUUAAACAGCUUUAACAAAGGUUGGCCGUGUCCGUGGAUGAAGCCGGAAAAAUUGGCGGCAGCUGGAUUUUACUACACAGGAAAAGACGAUAAUGUCAAAUGUUUCGAAUGUAACGUAGAAAUAAGUAAAUGGGAAGCAAAUGACAUCCCGAUGAUUGAUCACCAACGUUGGUCGAGAAGAUGUAGAUUUGUCCAGAAUGUGCCGUGCGGCAACGUUCCGAUCGGUGUAGAUCCAAGCACUGUUCCGACUCCUUCGCCAAAAGAAGUUGACGUUUGCGGACCGUAUCGUUUUGUGCCUUUCUCCACUCCGGACGAUGAAAUCGAAGACAACGUGAUCUUAAAUUUGUAUAAUUUCUCCGGAACACCGUCAAAACCGAAACAUCCACAAUUUGCCAGCUACGAAUCUAGAGUCCGUACAUUUGAAUCGUGGCCUAAAUCAAAACAUCAAUCUAAACAAGAUCUAGCAAAUGCUGGCUUUUAUUAUACAGGAACGGAAGACCAAACAUUGUGCUAUUAUUGCGGAGGAGGAUUAAGGGAAUGGAAACCAGAAGACGUUCCUUGGGAACAGCACGCAAAAUGGUUCGAAUACUGCCCUUAUUUGAUCGCCUGCAAGGGACGAGAUUAUAUAAGCAAAGUCACUGGCAAAACGUAUUUUACGAUGGAUGAUCAAAACAAAUCAUCCGCAGAAGACGAGAAAUCACAAAAAUCAGAUGAAACAUCUGAAAAAGCCGACGAAGAUGAGGGUAUUGCUAGUGGGAGUUCUUCGCAAAAAUCUGAAGAUAACGAUACUGAAAGCAUAUCAUUGGGUUUAUCUGACGAUCCAUCCACAGAUAAAAAGCUUGCUCCUCCGUCGCACAAUGAAAAUCUAGGCGACUGCGCAAGAAUGUGUAAAAUUUGCUAUCUCAGAGAAUUGCGAAUGGUAUUUAUUCCUUGUGGGCAUUUGCUGGCUUGUGCGGAAUGUGCGCAAAAUAUGAAAACAUGCGGAGUGUGUCGCAAGCCUGUGAAAGUUACUGUACAGGCAUAUAUUCCAUAGUGUCCUUAACAUUGUAAUAAAUCAUCCAUCGUAUCUACUGCAUUUUCUACUCAUCAUUAUUAAAGACUGAGCGAUCACGCAACACUUAGUGACCUGACUCUCAUGUAACCGAUGCGCAGGUACAAUCUAAAUAUCGUUUACUUUUUUGAUCGAAAGAAUUUACAGUCGUUUUUCUUAAAUCAGAAAAAUAUAUAUAUAUAUACUCUUCUGUAACCGACACAAUGAAUGUACUUCGUCAUGAUCUUUUACACGGGUAGUAUUCGCAUUUUGCGAAAUAUGAAUAUAUGAAUCUUAUGUGUACACACAGGCAUGUACACACAAUACACACCAUACAAAUAGAUAUAUAAUCACUAUUAUUAUAUGAAAAUUUGUUUAUGCAUAAAACGUAUGACAUAUCAAGAAUUGCCAAAGUUUAAUCGUUAAAUAAUGCACGUGCAAAUAAAGUAAAAAGAAGUAUCAGGCUGCUCUUUAAACCCUGAUGAAGUGAGCUGUAAAUGUUCACGAAACGUUGGUAUAAAAAUGACACUAACGCGGUACCCGAAAAAACAUCUUUGUAUGUUGAAGUAAAAAGAAGUUAGUAGAUUGUACCUGCAAUAAAAUGUUGCUAUUUAAAUAUAUAUAUCUGAUUUUUGGAUAAAAUCAAAGUCGCGCUACGAGUCCUUUAAAGCUUUGUUUUAAGAGCAGAAUUAGUAGUAGCGCAAGUUGAAUCGUGGUGAAUCCUUACUUGUCCGAUGUAUUUAUUUGUUGAAAAGGAAAAUGACAAAUAGCAGAGCUGAGCGACCACAAAUAGCAACACGAAUUACAUGAAGUCUAGUCAUAUAAAUGAAAAAGCGUUCAUAAGUUAGAGCACGGAAAAAAAUCACUCGUCAGUAAAAUCGUACGAGUAUCCGAGAAUUUUUCCUAAGUUUUAAUAGUAAUUGAAAGAAAGUUUAUGUAAAAAAACCUCCAAAUGUAUGGCGUUUAUGAUUCUCGAAAAUGUAGAAAGGGAUAGGAAAUUGAUUUUCCCCAACACGACAAGUAAUACGUAAUAUUUCUAUCAAUAUGUAUUUGCUUUUAUGCGUAUAAUGAAAUUAUCUCGAUCUUCCUGCAUAAGAUCACUCUGAGACUGCAUUCGUUUAAUUCAUUUCUCGCUAAAAACAUUGAUUUUUGUCGCUUAAAUGUAGAACAAAACAAUAUGGCCGCGUUCAAAGAGUCGAUUGUGCGUCUCUAUAAUCAGGUUUUGAAACUCAACGCUUAGUAAUCGUUUUGUGCCUGUGUGUGAUUGACAUAUAUAGUUUUACAUCUGCGAUAGGUCUAGAGGAAUAGGCCAGUAAGCACGAAGCGACGUCUCAAAAUUUAUUUACGAAAUGCAAAGCCGUUGCAUUUAUCAUAAGAUAACUUUUUAUAUAGCGAUAAUCCCUUACGAAAUUUCAUUAUACCGUAAACGCAAAUAAAUAACUCCGAAACUUCUUGUUUAUAAAUGUAAAAUACAUGUAACACUACAAUUAAUUGUAAUAUUCAAUAUAUUUGUAAAGAUAGAAACAGAGCACAUCCACAGGGUACCUGUCGAUAAAGAUCAGUUGAUGUUAGAGAAAGUCUAGAUAAUACACAGUUUUCCGUUUUAAGGCUCUUGACCUUGCAAGUAAAUUGUAGUGUGAGGUUUAUAUAAUUAUUUGUAAGAUUUAUGUUUGUGAGUCUUUUUCCACAAGAGACACACGACACGUAUUUUUUUCGUAUUUAAUAAAUACGAAAAAAUUGUACGGGCCAAUACGAGGCAAAACAGCAGAUGUAUGUUGCCAAUCAAUAAAUCAAAACUUUAUUAUUAAUUC